AUUUUCAAGUUUCUACAUCACAUCCUUGAACCCCCUAGCUUGCUCAGACUAGAAAUGGUUCUCCGCACCGAGUGCCGCAUGCAGUAAAACUGCCGGCCACUGAUACACGAGCACGUUCUUCGUUAGCCCUUCGAGCAUCUGCAGCCAAGCAGCCAUUCAGGAGGCUAAAGAAAGCACUCUCCUCCCUCACACGUGCUCCUUGCGCCAGCUUGUCUACUUAAAGUAAUCUCACUUGAUCUUACUGUAAGCUCUGUUUUUCCUUCAAUUAAAAGCACGUGAAAGUGGCAGACAGGGCUUCCGAGGCCAGCAAGAGUUGAGAACUCGAAUAGCUGCUUCCCAAAUAUUUUAUAUUCACUCUUGAGACUCUUGUUUAUAUUUCAACCAUAUCACCAAUUAUUGUAGAACUGUGGAGUACGGGAAUUAUUCUCUCGGCCAUUCGUGCGUUGUCCACGUAAAGAGUGUGAAAGUUUCCGGGAAAUAUUCUCACUUGGCCAUUCAUAUAUGUGUGUGUGUGAUGUUGUGUUCAAAUGGAAUGGUUCUUUUCGCCUGACGCCCAUUGUAAACUUCGUAAUAAUCAUCCGCGGAGACUUCGACAGAUUCCUGUUUCUAGAAUUCGAGGUACGGGAUUAUGUGCUAUGAAGAUAUCUCAUGUUUUGGAUAUUUUCUCAGAAACAUGCUGUUCUUCUACAUUUUUCAUUUCUUGAUACUUCAGCAGAACAUUCUUAGCUCUGUGUAUAACGUAUGAUUUGUUUGUCCUAAAGGACCCGCUUCGUAAAAAAAAACAUUGAAAGCGCAUAGAUAUUUAUCAUUCUAAAAGAUGUGCUCUAUGUAGCACAGACUUGUUAUUUCAGUAUUUUACGUGUUGUUCUCCUGUUUCGUAUAGGGAUAGCCAAGUAUUCCGCCAUCUUGCAGCUUACUUCUUGUAUCUGUUAGCAAGUGAUUGGGAAGAGUGAGAAGCAUAUAUCUUGUAACCCGUUUUCUGUGUAGCUAGCUAAGAUAAUGUGCCCAGAAGCGAAUGUUAUGUCACAGUCAGCAGCCCAUACAUUAGUCGAAGACUGAGCGUUAUGGUCUUACGGGUCACUGUAGACACGAGCAAUUCGCCCAUAUCACUUCUUCUGAAUCAUUAUAUGUACUAAUUGUGCUAGUUUUAUAACGAGAAGUUGGGGUGUGUAGGUUUGUCGUCUUAAGCUAUAGACACGUUUUUGCAUGUCGUUUUAUAGCUAGACAAACGAAUUUCGUGUUCGGCCAAUUCCUCCUAAUUAUUGCCCCGUCCACAGACUUCUAGAUAUUUAAUUAUCAAUUUAUUUACCAUAUUAAUAAACCUUAGUCUUAGAAGAAUUUUGAUGUCGCACGUAUAUAGAAAGGUAUAUUUCGGUGUUUUCUUGUAAAACACUAUAAAUUUGGCAAUAUUUUACCCUGCCGUUUAGAAAAUGCUCAAGAAGUUUAACUCCUUCCAAUUAGUGAUUGUCUGUAUUAGUGCCACACAGUCUAGCGUUGGAUGCUUUAUCGUCUCUAGUCUUUUGUGUGGGCUGUGAAAUAUACAAGAACCUAUAGCGAAGGACGUUCUAAAGACUCUUGUUUCUAUUGUUUUGUGCAUUGAUAUAUAAAACUUAAAACAGUUGUAGGCCACUACACGAUUUUCCUUCAUCUCCUCGUGAUAUUAAGUGUCAUAUAGCUUCAUGAAAAAGCGAGAGAAAUGGCAAUCUUAAGUGCUAUAUUUGUUAAGACGGCCCACUUGUUAGAACCUGCUUACGUUUUAUGAUUCAGAUACCUGGAUCAAAACAAGUGCGCUUAGGAGAAAACGUAUUCAUGCACAGUUUCUUGGUGAUAAUCUAGACUGUCGCGUGGUAACCGUUUCCAAGCAACCAACUGUAAAAUGUCGGAGACAAAAGACGAACUGCCGUCUCCAUCCUCCAGCAGUGCAGACAGUAGCGAUAUCAGUACCUCUGACCCAGACAGUAAAGGCCAGAUUGUGUCUGACGAUGGGGAGAUCCUCUGGGGAGAGGAUGCCGACUGGAUCAUGCUUUUUGACAAUAUGAUAAGAUUAUCUGAUCAAAGCCCAAGGAAUCGAAGACGUUUUUGUGGUUGUAAAGUGGGCCACAGAGGAGACGAUGACAUCGACAGUGGAUCACAGCAUUCAGAGAGCAGCGAUGUAGAGUCGUCCUCUAAGUCAUCAGCCAAGCGAGCAAGUAGUGCUCCUCCUCCAAGAAGGGCAAUGUUAUCAACCCCAAAGCAUACUCCAAGCUCUUCUACUUUGCAAAGGAAGCCCAGUGCAAAGAACAGUUCAGGAAAAGCCACUCUUUCUGUCUCAGUGGCAGCUGGAGCAGCUGAUGAGGAAAUGUUCAUGAGAGCUUUUGAUGAUGUGCCAAGAGUUCAAUUGUAUUCAGGACGAGAAUUGGAGAACGAACUUGGAAAAAUCAAAGAGACUUUGUCUGAUCCCAACAAUGACUGGGGUAAACGAGUUGAAGCUAUGAAAAGACUUCGUAGCCUUAUUAUUGCUGGUGCAAUUGAAUAUGAAGAGCUGUUUCCCAGUCUUCGACAGUUAGAGGUGGCUUUUCAGUCAUCACUGAAAGACUUGCGUUCACAAGUUGUUCGGGAAGCAUGCAUCACAAUAGCAUAUCUUUCUCAGCAGCUUGGAAUUAAAUUUGAUCAUUUUUCAGAAGCUGUUUUACAGUGUUUAAUCAGUCUCAUACCUAAUUGUGCCAAAAUCAUGUCUACUGCUGGUAUUGUUGCUAUACGCUUCAUUAUUCAGCAUACACAUGGCUCAAGGCUAAUUCCAAUUAUCACUUCUAAUUUAACUUCCAAAUCUAAAGAAAUUAGAAAAGUUUGCUGCGAGUUUUUAGACCAACUGCUUCACACCUGGCCAACUCAUACAUUAGAGAGACACAUUGCUAUACUUCAAGAAGCAAUCAGGAAAGGCUUAAGUGAUGCUGACCCUGAAGCAAGAGCAUAUUCAAGGAAGGCCUUCUGGGGUUUUGCAGACCACUUUAAGGAACAGGCCGAUAGUCUCCUCAGCUCUCUAGACAGUAGCAAGCAACGCAUGCUGCAAGGUGGUUUGUCCUUGAGUAGCUCUUCUAGUAACAAUUCCCUGAGUGGUACCGGUAAAAGUGGAAGUAUUCGUCAUGGUAGCUCUAGCACUACUGGUUCUGUUGAGAAUCUCAGUCGAACGUCAGGAAGAAGGUCUGGCAUUCCAAUUUUUAAUAGUCCAAAAACUGAUUCAAAAGGUUACAUUCCCUCCCCAUUCCGAUCAAACAGUGCCAUAGAUGUGGCAGCUGCAAAACGAGCAAAGGCUCGAGCCUAUGGCAUGUCAACUCAUCUUGUCCGGGGCUCAGGGGCUUCACUUCCAAGGCGUGAUUCUCGCCGAGAUAACACCCUUACUGCCCUCACCUCACCAGAGAGAUUAGGUCGCUCAAGAGCAAAGGGAGCAUCUCAGUCUCAGCCAAGUAGCCGUUCUGGGUCUCCUUCUUCGAGGCUCAGUUACAAUACUUAUCAAGAAGCUGGUUCCUCUGGCCGAGUAAGGAGGAAGUCUGGAAUUCCCAUGGCAACAGGAACAAGUAGAGAGACAAGUCCGACUAGAUCACUUCAUGGAGGGCAUGAACGAAGGCUAAGUGGAAGUUAUAGGUCACGUCCAUUUCUUGGGGCAGGAGAAAGGCAUCAUCCAACUACAAUCAUAACUUCAGCACCAGUUAUGGCAGAAAAAAUUCUCCAACAAAGUAAAGAGGCGGAAUCAGCAAUGGCUGAUGCCUUGGUGAGUGAUGGAGUCAACUAUGAUCCAUACAUUAGGAUUUCCUCUAGGAGAAGAUUCAGUGCAUUUGAUGACCAGUCGGAUGAAAGUGAAACUUCUAGUGUAUGUUCAGACCGAUCUUUCAGCUCCUAUGGAGGGCGUCACAUAGACGAUGUGCCAGAAAUAAUCUACAACUUAGGGUCCAUCCAUUGGUCAGAGAGAAAAGAAGGUCUUAUAGGAUUAUGUGCCCUUCUGCGCUCAUCACGUAUGCUCAGCCUCGAGGAACUUAAACGUGUCACUGAUAUCUUCACUAAGAUGUUCAUGGAUCCUCAUACUAAGGUGUUUACUCUGUUUCUCGAUGCCCUGCAUGAAUUAAUUCAUGUCCACCAGCUGGACCUCCAUGGCUGGUUGUAUAUUCUUUUAACACGUCUCUUUGUCAAGUCUGGUACAGACACAGUGACCUCUGUCCAAACCAAGAUAAAGAAAACUCUGGAUUUAAUUAGGGAUUCAUUUCCAAGUGAUGAUCUCUUCCACAUUAUCAUCCGGUUUUUAAAUGACCCCACCCAAACACCAAAUAAUAAGGUGAAAAUGACUGUUCUACAUUUUUUACAUUCCCUACUGAGAAUAAUGGAUCCCAAUGAGUUUUCCAGUUCCAGUCAUGAAACUAAACAGGCCAUCACUAAAAUCAUCUCUUGGACAGCUGACCCCAAGAACAAUGACCUGAGAAAGUUUGCUCAAGAUGUCAUCAUAGGCCUCUUUAACGUGAACACUCCAGAAUUUUCUAUGUUGCUAAACCAGUUAUCAAAGAGCUACCAAGAUAGUGCUUUUAAGUUACUGAGCUCAAGAAGGCGUGGAAGCAUGGACAGUAAUUCUGCUUUCAACAUGAGAAGUCCACCCAGUCCAAUCACAGCAACUCUUCAUUCUCCUAACACUGCAGCUAGAUAUAACAGGAGUAGAUCCGGAACACCUCAGGACCACUUGCUUAGCUAUGAAGACACUGAGUCUCUAAAUCCUGAAGAAAUUUACAAUUCAUUAAAGAUGACCUCAGCAGAAAUUCAGAAGUAUAGUCUUGACACAUAUGAGAAAGAUUUUAAUAGUAAAGAUGGAAGGCAGAAGAUAAAAGAUGCCUGGAUAAGAGAUUCGGUUUCACAGGACUCUGGUAUUAGUCAAUCUUCAGUUCCCGAUGGAAGGCAAGAUUUGGUACAGGACCGCUUGAAAUAUUUCAGGAUGCAGUCUCCUAAAUGUUCUCCAUUUGAAUAUUCUCCAACUCAUUAUAAAGAACAGGUUUUGUAUGAAAUUGUUACCUAAGUUUAUAUCAGUAUUUUUAUAUUGAAG